AUGAGGAGGUCUAGGCCCCUGCUGAAUCUCCUCUCUCCCCCCUCUGUGGGGCUCCUAGGGGCACCGCUCAACAAAGGACAGCCUCACUUAGGGGUGGAGCAGGGGCCCAGUCUGAUCCGUGGAGUGGGGAUAGUGGAGCAGCUGCAGAGACGGGGUUGUCAGGUUCAGGACUUUGGAGACCUGGAGUUUGAGUCGUUUCCUGAUGACAUCACAGAGGGAGGAGCUAAAAACCCACGCUCCGUGGGCAGCGCCACCCUCAGGCUGUCGCAGGAAGUGCAGCGCAUCAAAAGGGCGGGGCUUAUGGCCCUGGUGCUGGGCGGAGACCACAGUCUCUCCCUGGGGUCGGUCCAUGGUCACUCCGCGGUGAUGGGAGACCUCAGUGUAGUUUGGGUGGACGCUCACGCUGACAUCAACACUCCUCUGAGCUCUGGCACCGGGAACAUGCACGGCCAACCAGUGGGACUCCUGCUGAGGGAGCUCCAGGACAAGGUCCCGCCCCUCCCUGGCCUGUCCUGGUUGACCCCGUGCCUUUGGGCAAAGAACCUGCUGUACAUCGGUCUGAGGGACGUGGACCCAGGAGAACACUUCAUCCUCAAAAAUCUUGGGGUGAAGUUUUUCUCGAUGAGUGACGUCGACCGUAUGGGAAUCAACCGAGUCCUGGAGGAGACCUGCGACCACCUGCUGAGGUCCCAGAAGCCCCUCCACCUCAGCUUUGACGUUGAUGCUCUGGACCCGAGUGAGACUCCAGCGACAGGAACUCCAGUGAGAGGAGGCCUCAGUCUGAGAGAAGGUCUGACCAUCACGGAGGCACUGCACGAGACCGGUGAGACCAGGACCAGGACCAGGAGAGACCACUUGUGCUAG